AUGACCACUACUAAACGAGCUCUUGUUAUUGGUAACAACACCUACGAUGUGAAUAAACUUACGCGCUGCAAAAAUGACGCUGAAGAUGUUGGUAAUAAAUUGCAAAGUGCUGGCUUUAAGGUCAGUCCUUACUUCAAUUUAACCUAUAUGGGCAUGGCACGUCAGAUUAACGAUUUUGUGGAAAAAAUCAAUGAGAAUGAUUUUGUUGUUUUCUUUUUCUCGGGUCAUGGAACUGAAUGGAGAGAGAAAAACUAUCUCAUCCCUAUUGACAAUAAAGAUCUUGUUAAGACACCUAACCUACAUCCAAAUUGGGCUAUUUGUGCUCAAAGGACACUCGAUUCAAUGAAGGAGCGAAAGCCGUUUGCAAUCGUAUUUCUACUCGACUGUUGUCGUGUUCGUGUUGAAGAUGCCAAAGGUAAUCCACCGCAAUCGGACUCCACAAGUGCUACAAUGAUAAAAGGCGUAGCUGGUUCCUUAACAGUCUUUGCUUGUGGUUCUAAUGAGAUAGCCUUUGAAAGAUCUAAAAACGACCGUAAUAGUCUCUUCACUUAUCAUCUACUUCAACAUAUUGAUGAACCAAAUUUAAAAAUUGAAGAAAUGAUGAGUCGUGUUUGUGAUGGAGUGUACGAAGAUAGCAAUGGGCAAUUAUACACUUAUCGAUUAUGUACAUUAAGAACGUCAAAAAUUUACUUCAACAACACAGAAACAUCAAAAAAAGGAGGUAAGCUCUUUUUUUAG